ACUCCGCCUCUGCACGAGAGAGGAAGGAUCUCCGCCCUCCGGAGUUCAAACCACGUUAGCCGAUGUCUGUGAGAAUACUUCGAGAAAUGAUCAAGGAGAGUACUAUUCGCCACUACUAGUAGUAUUUGAUUAAUUUGAGAGGGCGGGGUUGAAUAACAAAAAGCGGAUAAACGGACCAGUUUCAUUCAACAGUUUUGAAUCAGACGGAUUUCGACUGGUAAUUGCAGAACGAUGGAUACUCACAAGCCGAUCCUGAGGACUGGCACCGCUCGACGAAACCUGUUCGGCCCAGUCGACAGAGAGCAGCUGCAGAUGGAGUACCAAGCAAUCAUACGGAGUGACCUGGAGGAGGCUUGCAAUCGAUGGGGCUUUGACUUCCUUUUGGAUAAGCCUCUGGAGAACAGUAAUUUCCAGUGGGAGGGCAUCCCAGACACCAAGGUGCCGCUGUUCUACAGAUCCGCUAUGCUUGGUCUGGGAUAUGCAGAAGGUCAGAGGGCAGCAGAGGCAGCGGUUAAACCCAAGGAAGGAGGAAGGGUAGAGCUGCCAGAGAGGGAGAAGGAGAACACCCCAUGUUCGCCAGAGAGAUGUACAGUCAACCAGGAUAACACACCAGGGAGAAGAGAGGACACAGGGCUGAAGAGGAGACAGACAAACCUUACAGAUUUUUAUCAGGCUAAAAGAAGAGUAGUUGGGAUGCCACGCAAAUCUGGCGAAUGAUAAGGUGCCAAUAUACCAAGAGAACCACACCAACAGUGCUUCUCUCAGGAAGUCCACUCUCUGCACAGUCACUCAACAGGAGGUCUUGGACCCAGAGAACCACCUGAAAACACAAUGGACCUCAGCGUUACAUUUUUGUAAAAUGUAACUAUAUGGUUAAUUAGGGUUCUGUAUUUACUCUGAGGGCGGUUGUUGCUUUUCCCAGUGGUAAGAAGGGGACAUUUGAGCACAGGAGAUUAACGGUAAUCUCUCAAAUCAGUGGAUUUAUACUCAUUUGGAUCAUGGGGAUGCCAAAGUGUUGUCGGACCUUUCCUACUGUACAUUCCACAGUGCUGCUUCGUAGAGACUCUGUACCUCCAGCAGUACGGAGGAAUGAUGGAUGAGCACAUUACUGUCUACACUUGAAACAGAUGUAAUGUUGGUUGUAAUCAUUAUUGAGUUGCUGUGACAAAUCUGCAGAUUUAUAGAAAAAGGUCGAGAACAGAUGAAGCUCUUUGGCUCUUUUGUUCAAAUCCACUAUUGCUUUUUUUACAAUGUUUUUUUUUCUUUUUGUGAAUCAUGAGGGCUAGGAUUUAUUUUCUGUGUGUCGUACUUAAUAUAUUUGGACGGGCAGUCCGUUUUUUUCUACCAUCAUGUAUUCAUAGGAAAAAGCUUUGAGAGUUUUGAUAUCCUGUGCAUGCAGUUGAUUUGCUUUAGAUUAUUAUUGACAGAAGUGCCAUCAUGUCUUUCAAUCCUUCCAUCUGAUGCCUGUCGAUUGAUUUUCAAAGCAGAUCUCCAUAAGUGCACGUUCUGGAUUCUGAUGUGUACAGCUCCAGAUACUGUAGGUUAGGAGCAUAACAACAUGUCUUUGGAACACUUAAAACACUUUAUUUAGGUUGAUUUAUAUAUAUAUAUAUAUAGAUAUAUAUAAAUACAUAUAUCAGAGAUGUGUAUAUAUAGAGUUCAAUACAGCACUGUUAAGUAGCAUAUUCAGAAAAAAACAGUGCAGUAUUGUAUCAAGGGCCUCUGCGGUACUUUAUUUGUUUCGGUAUUUGAAGCUCCAUAAAGGACAAUCAGGAGGAAGUGUUUUCAGAAGCAAAUGUAUUAAUUACUAAGCUAAAGUGCUUUAUUCUUUUUUAAUUGGAAGCAUAGUGCAAUUCUAACAGACAAUGUGUUAUUAUCUGCCUCACAUUUGUGUUUUUGUUCUUGACACUUGUUUAUGUUGGUAAAUCCUGCUGUUAUGGUUCAUCUGAAUGGUUGUCAAACGAGGUCACUGUGAUGCUAAUUCUCACCAACAGACGGCUUAGAAAUGUUUACCGCUGCAAAUACAGAGCUAAGCAAAUAACAGCAUUACCCUAAUCAAUAAAUGCACUUCUGUUUGUAGAUGCGUGUGCACAGGUCCUACAUAUUGUUCUAUAUUAAAAGCUACAAAUUAAAAGAUAUAUCCUUAUUUAUUGUGAGAUGUCAUGCCUUGUGUUAAUUUGUUUAAUUAUUAUGACUUCCAAUAAAAUGUUCAAAUGACACGUC